CAAAUGUCUUGCUAUUCAUAAAUAGGCUUGUUUGAAAACCGUACAAAUGACUUAGAUUCUCUCUCUUAUGAUGUUCAUCUUAUUUAGUAAACACUCCAGGGAUGGACUUCAAUUUUCAACUAACUAAUGGAGAUUAGCAUAUAAACGCAUAAGCAAAAUUAGUCCAACGUAUUGCUAAAUUAUUUAAAUAGACUGCAUUGCUAUAGCAAUUGAUGAUUUAAUUACAACCAAAAUCAAAACAAUCUUAACCCAAAGACUAAAUUAAGUUAUCUCCGAUUAGACCAACUAAAACUGAACCAGAUGAAUACAUAAAACCAGAAAACUUUUCUAGGAUAUUUAACAAUCAUAAAAAGGUACUUAUCAUAACUAAAAAGUAUAAAGAUUUCGAUCAUGCAGUUGCAAGGGACUCCAUUUGAUUCAGCUUUCGAAAGCAUUAAUAAGGAACUAGAAGAACCGAUCAGGGAUGAUUUAUACCUAUCUGUUCCUAAAUCUAUGCAACUAUCUAAUGAUAAUAAUAUGCUGAAAAAGAAUCAACAACUAGAUUUCCAUCCACAAAGUGUCAAAAACACAUAUGAGAAUAGACAAUUUGCUUUUAAUAAACCCAUUCGUUCAUAGGAUAUUAAAUCUAAUAAAGAGAACACCUAGAAUUAGUAUACUAUUCAUAGACAAGAUUCGAAACGUAAUUAGGAUUAUCCUCAAUUAUCUACUGUACUUGAAGAGAAUCCAUCACUAUUGAUGACAUCAAACGAAAAUAAUUAUAGACGUAAUUUCUUUGAAAUUAUUACUAGAUUCCAUUACUUAAUCACACAGAUAAUAUGAUUAAUGCAGCAUUUAAAAACAUCCACAGAAUAGUUAAAGACCACCAAAUUAUUACCAAUAAUAAUAACACCAAUCAUCAGAAAAUAACAGAUCUUCAUCAAAAUCUUGUUAUGGAGCUGCUAGUAAUCUUUAACAAUAGAUUCUCACUAACAAUAUCAACAUUGUGAAUUCACAACAAAAUUUAUAAUUGAUGCAAUAAUAAUAGUCAACAUAAAAUCAUUCUUAGAAUAAUUUGAUUAGUUAAAGUACAAAAAAUAUCAAAUAGAAUCACUUCCAAAACAAUAAUGUGUCUAUCAAAUUGCCAAUAGACACUAUCAAUUAAGUAAAUUAAAAUUCUAUUAAGAUAUCAAGCCAAAGAGCUAAAAGUUAUAGUGAAUAAACCUGUAAAAAAUAAGUAAGCAAACGUUUAUUAGAUAUAGAUAUAUUUGAUAAGAAAUACGAAACUAGUUAGGAGUUGAUAUGGAAAACUUAGAAAAACAAAAUUUGA